AUGAUUGCUAAGAUUCUGUGCUUCAUUGUACUAAUUGCUGCCGUCGCCGCCCAAUUCGGUGGCGGGUUCGGUGGUUUUGGUGAGGGGUCCGACGGAGGAUCUGGUGGACACGGCCAUCAUGCUUUUUCAUCUCAACACAUUCAACGACAUGACGUUCCUGGACAUCAUGAAGAACACCACCAUGAUUAUCAUUCUCACCCCAAAUACGAGUUUGCCUACAAAGUGGUAGACCACCAUACUAAGGACAUUAAGGAUCAGCAUGAGUCCCGUGACGGCGACGUCGUGAAGGGCUACUACUCCUUGCAUGAACCCGACGGCUCUGUCCGACAUGUCCAUUACCACGGUGACCACCAUUCUGGAUUUCAUGCUGAUGUCAAGCACAGCACCCAUCACGUUGUACCUCACCACCACCAUCAUCACUAUUAAAUUACUAGAUUUUGUCAUAAUUGAUCACACAUAAGAUCUCUUAAAAUUUACCAAAAUCUCAUGGAAUUUUAUAUAAACCUCUUUUUCAUCGCUUUAAUUAAAGCUUUUUCUUAAAAACGAUGAGCAGCUUGAGAAAUUGUUUUCAUGAGAUUGGUCGAUUUUAAUAAUGGCACUGAAUAUUGUACUUAGUUCGUCUAUUGUUUAAAAAUGUUGUGUUG